ACUACUUUCCGUAUCUUUUACUUAUCGCCAUAGUCGGCAAGGAUUAAAGAUAAAAGUGUGAUGAUAAGCGCGCGGCGUAAUAAACUCGAACAUUAAAAUUGGAUUCGUCAUUAAAUAAAUUGACCGGGCGUUGUCUCGUAGUAUCGAUAGUAGGAAAAACUUAUCAUGUCACGAUUCGUAUGAUUUAAUUUAUUUGUUUUAGCUAUUGGAAAUAUCUUCAAGAUACGUAUAUCUAUAUAAAGAUCACACCGAUGAAUCUUUCCUCUGUACGAAUGUAUGAAUGGCACAGGUCACCGCAGUGCCUGCGCCGUUCGUUAAGCACUCUGUGUGUGUCCAUUAUAAUCGAUAAACAGUCCCAUAUAACGGAAAAACGCGUCUGAACUUGACUGACAAUUAAUCAAAUUCAAGAGUAUAUAUAUAUAUCGCAUGUGCGAAUAAAAUUUUGAUAUUGCAUUGCCAAUACUGAAGGAAUCGACUCUGGUUACGAGAUGAAUCGUUGGUUACUCGUUUUCGCGGCGUUAGCUGCUUUGGCUUCGGUUGCCAAUGCGGAAAAGAAGGUUGUAUGUUACUUUGGUAGUUGGGCCGUUUAUCGGCCUCCUGGUGGCAAAUUCGACAUCUCAUACAUUCAGCCGAAACUCUGCACCCAUAUGAUCUAUACCUUCGUCGGCAUCACUGAAGACGGCAACAUCCGAGUUUUGGACGCGUGGCAGGAUCUUCCCGACAAUUGGGGCAAGGACGCCUUCGGUAGAUUCAACAAGCUACGCGAACAGAGUCCCGAGACUAAAACGCUCAUCGCUAUCGGUGGAUGGAAUGAGGGAUCCGCAAGAUACUCCGCUGUUGUCGCUAAUCCAGCUACUCGUGCGAGAUUCGUCAAGAAUACCGUUGACUUUGUGCUGAAAUACGGGUUCGAUGGUUUUGACGUCGAUUGGGAAUACCCGAAUCAGCGUGGUGGAAAACCGGAGGACAUCCAGAACUAUAUAAGCUUGUUGAAGGAACUCAGAGCCGAAUUCGACAAACAUGGACUGAUUCUCAGUGCUGCCGUCGCUGCCGCCGAGACUUCCGCCUCUCUGUCCUACGAUAUUGCCGCGAUGUCCAAAUAUCUGCACUUCAUCAACAUUAUGGCGUACGAUCUCCAUGGUGCUUGGGAAAAGACCACUGGUCACAACGCUCCGCUUUAUCCGCGCAAGGAUGAAUCUGGAAACGAUCUUAAGCUCAACGUCGACGCAUCUGUACGCUACUGGUUGGACAACGGCUGUCCGCCCGAGAAACUGAUCCUCGGAGUACCAUUCUACGGUAGGGCCUUUACUCUCGCAGACAAGAGUAAGAAUGGUCUUGGAGCCCCUACCACCGGACCAGCUUCUGCCGGUCCGUACACUCGCGAGGCUGGCUUUUACGGAUACAAUGAGAUUUGCGAGUUCUUCAAACAGGGUGGCUGGACCGUUGUUCGUCAGGAAGAGCAUCGCACUCCGUACGCUUACAAGGGCGACCAGUGGGUGGGCUACGACGACGUAACUUCUCUUACCGAGAAGACUGCUUACAUCAAUUCCUUGAAUCUCGGUGGCGCGAUGUUGUGGAGUAUUGAGACUGACGACUUUUUGGGCACGUGUGGUGAAAAGUAUCCUCUGUUGAAAGCAUUGAAUACCGGACUUAAGAGACAAGUCCCAAUAGAACCACCAACCAAGCAACCUCCGCAAACGACACAAUCACCGCAAACGACGCAACCACCACAAACGCAACCACCAGUGACCGCACCUCCUAGUGGUAUUUGCAAGAAGGACGGUUACGUCCGCGAUGAAAAAGAUUGCGGCAUAUUCUACCAUUGUCAAAAUGUGAAUGGCGUUUAUCAAGUACAAAAAUUCAAUUGUGCAAGUGGGUUAGCCUUCGAUCCCCAAAUCAACGCUUGUAAUUACAAAAAUCUCGUUGAAGGAUGCAACUAACAAUAAUAAACGAUAAUAAAUAGUCAUGCUGUACACUUCCAUGGUGCUUCUACUUGUUAUACAGAUGAAAUAAAUGUGCUCUUCAUUUUAUGUACUCAAAUGUGUGUAUAUAUAUAAUAUAUACACAUGCACACACAAUAUAUAAAAUUAUAUGAACCCAUUUCUCUACAUUCUUUUCUUUUUUCUUUAUAAUACUGUAUAACAUUUAUUUGUAUGUAUAUUUGCAAUAAAGUCCAUAAAGUCCAUUG